CAGCAGUGCUACACCGCGUUACAUCGCUCCGUAGUAACUUAGUGAUAGUGAAUGUGAUAUUAGUUAAAGUGUUUUAAUAAAAAUUGAAUUGUUCAUGUAAUGUGAUACUGUGGAAAGUUUUGGGAGGACAGCUGAUUAUUCUGUUUGAUGGUGCAGAAAAAUGGGCUGUUGACGUGUUUAUCUACGGUAGGCGUCGUGUCAACUAGGCUUCAUGUAAAGAGAAUGUAACCACUACAAAUCAAGAUGAAAUGGCGAGUGGCGAGCGGGAUGGGCGUCCCUCUAGCUACCGCUGUUUUCUUUAUGCUGCCUCUCAUCACCUCAUCAACAGGAGACAUAAGGCACCAUGGCACAUCAAGAGCUCGAGGCUGGCGUGGCAACGUGCAAGCCCUGACAGAUGUAACAGCGAAUAACUCCGUCAGCAAUGUUACGGCACAGCUCGGAGGAACAGCCUACCUUCAUUGUCUAGUGGGACAUUUGAAUGAAAGAGGGCAAGUGUCGUGGAUCCGGAAACGUGACUGGCAUAUCCUGAGCUCCGGGAAAUUCACCUACACCAACGAUGAGAGGUUUCAGGUUUUACACGGCGAAGGAUCUGAAGAUUGGACUCUACAGAUCAAAUUUGUUCAAAAACGUGAUAAUGGUACCUACGAAUGUCAGGUCUCCACUCGUACGGGCAUCGUGUCCCAUUACGUUAGACUACAGAUCGUGGUGCCCGAGGCGUUUAUAUUGGGGUCCGGAGAACACCACGUUGAUCUAGGAAGUGUUAUACAUCUCAUAUGCAUUGUUGAAAAGAGUCCAACACCGCCGCAGUACGUGUUCUGGUACCACAACGACCGAAUGAUCAACUACGACGCGAUCCGCGGCGGCAUCACGGUCGAGACGGAGCCCGGGGCUCGGACACAGUCACGGCUCACGGUCCGGGGCGCCACGCUCAAGGACUCGGGGAAUUACACGUGCAGCGCUAGCAACACCGAGCCAGCCUCUAUACACGUGUUCGUGUCUGAAGGAAGUAACAAGAUGGCGGCGAUCCUGCGACGCAACACUAGCGCCAUCCACGGCAUUACCUCGAGCAUCACCUGCAUACUGCUCUUUACUUCAGUAAUCAUACACUUCGUUUUGCGAUGACGGUAGACUGUUUAUAGUACGAUUUCAUUAAUUAGAUGUAAUGUAUCUUUCUAAUAAUGUUAAUGUGAUUCUAAAUCAAGCAGCGAUACGUUUCACGGAGACCUAUUUUGGAUUAUUCAAUAGCAUUUAAUGUUUUGAAUAAUUAUUUGAAUAGUUCAAGCAUUUAUGUUACAUUUUUUUUGAAAUGAAAGCUUCUUUAGACGCUUUGAUUAAAAAAACAGUAAAUUAUACACAAUCAUAAUUAUAUAUAUUUUAAAUGUUAUAUUACCUAGUGGAUGUACAACACAAAAUGUUUUAUUUCGUAUUAUUAACCUCGCCUCGAUGAAGUUUUCACUUUCGUCGUUUGAUGUUUUGCACAUACCUUUUUUAAUUAUGAAUUUAUUUUAGUAAACGACAUUUAUGAAAAUGUAUUCUGUCAUAGGCAACUUUUAAGUCAUUGAUGGUGGUAUGGUACAAUUACAGCCACAUCAAACUUGGCACAAAAUAAUAUAUAAAUUACUAACAAUAUGUUGAAUGACGGUGUUCUGACAGACAAUCGAACACAUGUACAUGAGUCUUUGUGAAAUGUUUUGUGACUGAAAUUUGCUGUGUGAUCACACAAAUCUCACAAAAAGGUCAGUUAAAUUAAAAGAACAUAAAAAUAAAUUAACUGCAUUGACUAUAUUUACCAGUGAAUAAAGUAAUGUAUGUAAUUAAUUACUAAGUUAGUAUCUUCCAAUAUUGAACCAACUUGUAACGGUUCAUUGCAUCUGUACGUGACAAACUAAUAUUAUUAUUACGACACGCUACACUCAAAGUCGUGCGUCGUAACAGUCGUAACGUCGUAACAUAAUAAAUAUUCAAUCAUUUUCAUUGCAUAGGAACUAAAAAAUCUAAUCACUUUAUGAAAGAUUUCCCUAAUUCUACUUUCCCCGCUGUACAAAGUUUGUGGUGACGUGUCAAAUCAUAAUAGUCAAUUAAGUAAUAUAAUAUAACUAGGCGAAUCAUGUAUUAACGGAAUUUAUAUUUAAUCAAACAGUAGAAAACCAUGUCUAAAAGAACGAAUUUCUUCCUUAGUUAAAACAAAUACCCGUAUUAAAUUAAUAUACUUAAUUACUAAAUUUUAAGUACAUAGUACAUAGUUAUAAAUAAUGUAGCACUUUAUUAUUAUUAAAGUUAUGCUUCUUUUGGUGUGUUGAGUGUAAAUUAUCAAAAGGGGGAAGAUAAAAUAAGUUCUAUACAAUUAUUAGCAAUUAAAACGUAAGUAUGCAGUAAUUCCAUUGAGUGUCCAUAGGUAAUUUUUUGGUUUUUCGAUAAUAUUUUUUAUUAUUUAGCGAAAAAAUUAUAAUUAAUUUUUCAUUAUCAUAUGUUAUCGAUUUAUACAUAUAGUUAAAAAAAACCGCUUAUUGUUAUUUGUAAAUAUCUACUAUCUACAAAAUAAUCUGUAUUGACGCAGUAUGCCCGCUAGAUGUAUACCACAGUGGUGCCAUUAUUCUGCUGUAAAACCAUUAAUGAGCCAGAAUUAUUGCGUUUCAGUUUAAAGGUUGUAACUAAUGCAAUUGCUGUACUAAUAAAACUUAACAUCUAAUCUCUCAAAGUGACGACCGCAAUUGUGAUGCCGCAAAGAAUUUUGGGUUUUUCAAGAAUCCUGAGCGGCAAUGAUUGUAAUCGGCAGGGCGUAACAUCUACAUACUGACAAGGGACAUUGGUCAUAAUAAGGUGAAUUUCUUGCUCAUCUCGCCACUUUUUCUCAUAAGAAAAUGUACACAGAUUGUAAAACUAUUUUGUGUAAGUACCUAAUAAUUACUGUUUUUAUUAAUGAAUUUGUUUUACAUAUUUGUUAUGAAUGUUUAUUAGGUCUAACUUAAGUAAAGCUACGAAAGACACUUAUUCAUGAUUCAUUUUUAAAUUAGUUAAAAAUUGUUCAUAUGAUUCAAACCUUAAAAUCGAAAAAAACGAAAGCAAUACGGCGAGUCACUUUGUAAAUACCGUAUUAAUGAGAAGAAUUGCGGAGACAAGCCACGAAAUUUGACUAAGCGGCAGUUAAUAACGUAGCUAUAUAAUAUUUUAAAAACCUUAAUAUAAUGGAGCCUCUGAGCCUUAAUAUUAAUUAUUCUCAUAACUUGCCUGAUGGAAACCGAAUACCAUUUGGUUAAAUUUGUUGUAUUUUGUAGUGAAUCAUUUAAUGUGUAUGCUUUUUAUUGUAACAUGAAUUAAAUAUUUGAUUUUUAUUAUGGAUAUUAUAUCUAAAAUUAUUUCAAUCAGAUUAUAAGUAUUUAUAUUGAAUAAUAUACGAUAAUUUGAAAACCCACAUUUAUUGUUAAAUAUUUAUAUAAAUAUGGACAUUCCCAAAAAAUUCUGAACUCCUUGUUUACCUGUACCAUGUAUAUAUCUAAUUUGAAUCGCUCAAUCAAUAAUGUUCAUUUCAAACUAGAGUAUAAAUAAAAUAAGGAAUACAUAAAUAAUAUUAGAAUAAUGCA